UUGAUGUCUAUCUCCCUCCUAUAUCGUUGUAGUACUCAAUGUUGUAGCGACGAAUUUCUGACAACUCUUUUGUACAUUUUUUCCGACACACAUUGAUACUUUCUGAUAGGUCGACACAGGACUUUAAGCGUCAGAAGAGAAAGACACUGAAUCGACCCAAAUUACGCGUAAACAAACCAAUGCAUGUGACGGAAGAGUGAACUAGAGGUGAAUUAAGGCGAGUCGAUGUAGUUCUUCGAGUCGUGUCGCUUAUUGUGCAUUGCCACUGACUUUGUUUUAAAUCGCAUUGACAUGAACAUGAAUAUCAUGCCGCGACUUGUCAUAGUUGACACCUAAUCUGUUGUUGACUCCGUCACUGUUUUCCACUUCGUGGUUUCUUGUCGCUCAUUGUCCUGGACAUUUAACCAAUAUGUCAGACGUAAAGAGCCUUGAACAUCCCACACUGAAGGUUCCAUAUGAACUUUUGAAUAAGAAGUUCCGCUCUGCCCAGAAAACUCUCGACAGAGAAGUGUCACAUGUCCAGGCGGUAUCUAAUGAACUUGAGAAAAGCCUGAAGACUGACGGAUCUUAUGUAGCAACUGGAGAAAUCAGCAAGUUGCUUGGUGGAGUGGUUGCUAGGCUUCAAGUCUUAAAGCGUAAAGCUCAAGAAUCCAUAGCAGAGGAGUUGCAAGCGGGUAUGGUAUGCAAGAGAAGGUUGGAUCACUUGAAGGAUCAUGCUAAUACUUCUCCAAGUGCUGUGAAUCAGUGGAGACGACAGAGAUUAGAUAGAAUGCUAGUAGAAUAUUUUCUUCGCAAGGGAUACUAUAAAACAGCGACUAAACUGGCAGAUAGCAGUGAGCUUAGAGAUUUAACAAAUAUUGACGUAUUUAUGGUAUCAAGAGAAGUGGAAAAAUCUUUGGCCAAUCACGAAACAGCAAGAUGUAUUGGUUGGUGUCACGAUAAUCGCUCAAAGUUAAGAAAAUUAGGCAGCACCAUGGAAUUUAAUUUACGCGUACAGGAAUUUAUUGAGUUAGUGCGAACCGACAGACGUCUCGACGCAGUGAAGCAUGCACGCAAGUACUUUGCCAACUACGACGAUUAUCAGUUGCAGGAGAUUCAGUGUUGCAUGGGCCAAUUGGCUUUCCCAGCCCAAGCAUAUUUGAGUCCCUAUAAAGAUCUACUAGAUGAGAAGAGAUGGGAUAAGCUGAUCGAAACAUUCCGGCAGGAAAAUUAUAGAUUAUUUCAGUUGGCGAGCCAGAGCGUAUUCACAGUAGCUCUGCAAGCUGGCCUGUCGGCUCUUAAAACUCCCCAGUGUUACAGUGCAAAUAAGGAAGGUCGAAAUCCUAGCUGCCCAGUUUGUAAUGAAGCGUUAAAUGAAUUAGCCGCACCGUUGCCUUUCGCUCAUUGCUCGCAAUCGCGACUCGUUUGCAGCAUAAGCGGGAAACCACUAAAUGAAUACAAUCAGCCUAUGAUGAUGCCGAAUGGAUAUGUAUAUGGUGAACAAGCAUUGGAAAAAAUGGCUCAAGAAAACAAUGGUACAGUUAUCUGCCCUAAGACCAAAGAAGUAUUUCCAUAUAAAAAGAUUGAAAAGGUUUACGUAAUGUAAACUUCCAAACUGACAGGAAACUGAAGUAUACAUACAUACUUGUACUAUAUGUUUAACUCUUAUAGACCUUUUUCUUGCUUCAAUCAUUUUGUUAUUUAAUAAUAAUUGUAUAUUACUGAUAAUACUGGAACAAAAUAACAUUUAUUUUUAAGAAAAACUUCAUCUACUUAUUUGUAUUCAUUUUGUCUCUCUCUCUCUCUCUCUCUGUGCGUGUGUAAAAAAUAUAAAAUAAUAUUAUAUUAUUUGUUGUUAUAGGAUAAUAUUAGUUAAUAGUUAAUUAGAUAAUAAUAGAUAAUAUUAUUUGUUAAUGAGGAUAGUCCUUAUUCAUUUAUUUAACGUUUUUUCUACAAUAAAUCGAACAGUUUAAACUGUUUCUAUAAAUCUACUUAUUCAUAAAACGCAACUAUAAAUUUCUUAUCUUACGAGGUCUUUUCAUGUGCAGGGUUUAUCAGGAUUUAAAAGUUUUAUUAAUUGCGGAUUAAAAAAUUAGUUUUCCAAAUAUUCAAUUAAAAUGAUAUAAAAAUGAUACAUACACGUAAUUAGUUCAUAAUCUGUUCUUAUUUUAAAACUGUUUCAAGUAAUGUACUUUAAGAUGCUAAAUUCUGGUAAUUAGUUUGACAUCUUAAGAUUUAACACAAUUUUAAAUAUAAAAAUACAAAUAUUGGUCACAUAAUAAAAAUUAAAAAUUUCUAAUAUUAAAAAUUAGUGAACUAUAGAAAUAAUGUGAAUUGAUUCUUAAAAUCAAACUUUUAUUUUACAAAAAGUAAAAUAAAUUUUGAAAAAGAAUAGAAUUAAAUUUUUUUUACAAUAGUACUUAAAAAAUAAUUUUAAAUAGUUCAAUGUAUGCUUGUAAUUGAGAGAUUAGCAAGUUUUUGAUCACCCUGCAUAUCUAUAUAUAUAUUUAAUAUGUAUGUAUGAACUAACUCCACAUAGAAAUGAUAAAAUUCCUGAUAAAAGGUGUAGUCAACUUAAUGUUAUAAAUGUUUCGACACAUUUGAAUAAUCAGUGUAAAGAAUUUUACUAAUUAAUCAAUUAAAGAAUGUUUCAAAGUA